AUGAUUUGCUCCGAUUUUGGUUUUUUGGACGAUGCUGCACCGUCAGAACCAGAUGCCGAUGAGUUACUACCUGAUUAUGUCGAUUUAUCCAUCGUACCCAAGGAUGCUAUUUUAAACCGUCAAGAUGUGGUCGCAUUUGAUGGACCUUCAACAGUGAAAAUUACACGUAAAGAAAGAGGUAUUAAUUCAUACGAUCCAUGUUUCGACAACGAUGCAAACGAAUUGUGGCGAUAUCUUAUGACAUAG